UCUGCGAGGAUGAGAAGUCGGACUAAGUUUUUCCACUGCGCGGAGCCAUGGCGAGGAGUCAGCAGGCCAACCAGGAGCUCACCGAGGUGCUGAACCAACUCUGGCGUCUGGACACCAACCGUCUCAAGCCGGGGACUGAUUACACCAUUUCCCUCCAGGGGAAGGCAGGUUAUGUGGCUCAGGGCAGUAACUAUGCCAGAGACCGGGCCAGGGCUCCGCUCUUCACACACGUCAACGAGGACAAACUCAAGAGCAUCGAGACAUACGCACAUUUCAUCAACUUGCUGGACAACUAUGAGACGUCCACGGGGGUAUCGGAGACGGUCACGCAAGAGGAGCUUCAAGAGAACAGGCUCUUCAUCAACGCCAUCAUGGAGACGGAUGUGAUGAAGUGCGCUCACCAGUAUCUGGUCAGAAAGGGGCAGUCGCCAUCAGACCCUGCGCAGUUCAAGAGGCAGCUGUAUGACAUCUGGUUCCGCCUCUACCACAGGGACAGGAGUGGAGGUGAGGAUUCCUGUGGAUUUGAACAUGUGUUUGUGGGAGAAACCAAGUACGGCAAGGAGAUCAUGGGUCUUCACAACUGGGUCCAGUUCUACCUGCAGGAGAAACACGACCACGUUGACUACAAAGGCUACAAAGCAAGAGACAACAAAGAUACUCCUGAUGAAGAUGACCAUGUCCUGAACCUGCAGUUCAGUUGGAAAGGCUUGGUGAAGCCUGUUGGUGGCUCCUUCAUUGGCGUCAGUCCGGAGUUUGAGGUAGCUCUAUUCACCAUAAUCUUCCUCAUUUCGACGGAGAAGAUGACGUCUGUGGUGGUGAAAGUGGACGAGUACAUGCUGGAGCUGGUGGUCUAUCGGCACGGCCGGUCCAUCGGCACGUCCUUCCCCAAACUGCUCAGCAGCAACAACAGGGAUUUGUAAUAUGACACCACCUGAGCUGUUAGCCGCCAUGUAAAAAUUAAUGUUUACAUGCAUUUACAACUUGUGUAACACCUCUGUUUCAUUCGUUUUGUAGUAUAAACCCUAAAAAUAAUCUGGAUCAGUUUCUAUUUGCACUAAACGUCAGGCUUAAACUGUCUACAAUAAGUAAAGUUUAUUGCCUAAACCUUCUGAUCUGGAUUGAUAUCAUGGAAGGAUUAUGGAUUAUUAAUCAUUUGUGCCUUAUUCGGAAUACUGUUAUGGAAAAAAUAAAGUUUCCUUUCUUUA